CUCAAUCUCAUUAAUAUUUUUAUUUCUAUACCUUUAAUAUAUUCUUUCCUCCUCAGAAUUGCUUUUACUGCCAUAUAUACUACUGAAAUAUUGAUAAAAAUAGUGGCAACAGGAUUUGUUUGGAAUGAAUUUACCUUUCUUCGAGAUCCAUGGAACUGCUUGGAUCUUUCUGUUAUUAUUGUAAUGUAUAUUACCAUGUUUCAAAAUAUAGGCAAUGUUUCAGCUCUUCGAACUUUCAGAGUACUGAGGACUUUGAAAGCCAUUUCAGUAAUACCAGUCAUCUUUUUCUGCUCAGUUUAUCUCUUCAAUCUGAUCUUGGCUGUGGUAACAAUGGCAUAUGAAGAGCAAAACAGAGCUAGUCUUGCUGAAACAGAGGCCAAGAGAAAACUACUUCAGGAUGCCCAACAAAUUAUAGAGAAAGAACAGGAGCUGGCUGCAGGAGAAAGCAGUAAGGCCUUGCAGGUUGGAUCUGAAAUGCCAGUUGCUGACUUGAAGAAUUCAAAAGGAAGAGAGAGUAAUAAGGAAACACCUAUUUUAAGACAAAACCUAAUUUUUGUUGAUCAGAAGAAAGAGGAGGAAAUAUUUCAUUCACAGCCUGGUCACUGCCACAAAAAGCUUAGGCAGAUCCUGCUGUCCUAUGAUGUGUCAGUGGACUCUAUUAAUGAUCCUUUGCGAAGACACAGGUUAAUGAGUGCAGCCACUAUUCUUACAGAUAAUUCGGGGUCAAAAGUGAGAUGUCCUGCAUUGUGGAAACGUUUUGUUAAAAAGUGCUUAAUUUGGAAUUGUUGUCCAUUCUGGAGAGCAGUCAAAGAGAAGGUGAAGUUGGUGAUUUUGGAUCCAUUUGUUGAUCUCUUUAUCACGUUUUGCAUUAUCUUGAAUACCUUAUUUAUGGCUAUGGAGCACCCUGGCAUGUUACCAGAAACCAGAAAACUGAUUACUAUAAGUGAUGAGGUCUUCACCCUGAUUUUUGCACUAGAAAUGAUCUUAAAAAUCAUUGCUCUAGAUCCCUACUACUAUUUUCAGAACAAGUGGAAUGUUUUUGAUAGUUUGGUUGUUUUGAUUGGCCUACUGAGCUUUGGGACCAAUCUGUCACCUUUCAGGCUGAUCAGGAUCUUCAAAUUGGCAAAGUCCUGGCCAGCCUUGAAUACUCUUAUGAAAAUAAUUCUGAACUCAUUUGGUGCUCUGAGUAACCUCACUCUGGUUUUGGCUAUCACUGUAUUUAUUUUUGCUGUAGUAGGAAUGCAGUUUUUGGGCAGUGAUUAUGAAAAAAAAUUCCAUAAAAUAAGCACCAGUAAAAAUUUACGCUGGCAUAUGAAGGAUUUCAAUCAUUCAAUCCUGAUUAUAUUCCGAAUAUUAUGUGGAGAAUGGAUUGAAAUGAUGUGGGAAUGUAUGGAAGUGGCUGGAAAACAGAAAUGUAUUACCAUUUUCUUGCUAGUCCUGGUGAUAGGAAACCUGGUGGUGCUCAACUUGUUCAUUGCCUUGCUGCUGAGUUCCUUCAAUACUGACGCCUCAGGGGGACAAGAGGAACCUGGAGAAGGGACUAAAUGUCAGAUUGCCCUUGCACGGAUUUACAAGGGCCUGAAGUCUGUGAAAGACAGAAUUCUGGAUCCUCGUGGCAGAAAACUGAAAGGAAGCCUCAAAAAGACAGACAAAAAGCAGACUUUGGUAGAAAUUUCUGGCAAAAACCUAGAGGGUAAUAAUUAUGCCAUGACAGAUGUCAGAAAAUAUAUAGACAACAAUGGCUUUGACACAGAGUGUUACCAUAAUGGAGAGAAUUCCUCAAUAAUCAGGAAAUAUAAAGAUCUUUUAAGCAGUCACAGUACCUGUGUUCCCAUUGCAGCAACAGAGAUUUACAGAGACCAAAGUGAUGAUGAGCACAUUGUAUUCACAGAAAUAGAACAGAGAAAGCAGAAAUGUGGUGCUGCUUGUAGCUUUUCUGAAGCCCGCACUGUGGAUCCAGCUGUUGGUCUGGAGAUGGUUUCCCAGACUAAAAACUCACACCUGCCGAAGGACUGUUUUGGAGAAAAUUGUGGUAAAUGUUUCCCAUGUUGUGUAGUGGAUAUCACUAAGUUUCCAGGCAGAACUUGGUGGAACUUCAGGAAAACCUGCUACAGAAUUGUUAAUCACAGCGGAUUUGAAUAUUUUAUGAUUUUUGUGAUAGUAUUGAGCAGUGCAGCACUGGCAUUUGAAGAUAUUCACCUGAAGAAUAGAAAAACAGUGAAAAUGAUCCUAGAUUAUGCUGAUAAAAUAUUUACCUACAUCUUUUUGAUGGAGAUGCUUCUGAAAUGGGUAGCUUAUGGAUUGCACAGUUACUUCACAAAUUGCUGGUGUUUGCUUGACUUUGUCAUUGUAUGUCUGUCAUUUGCUUCCUGGGGACUAAAUCCUGAAACUGAAGACAAGGCACGUUGUUCCUCUGGGAGUGGCCUGAAAUCUCUCAGGACUCUUAAAGCAUUGAGGCCUCUACGAGCUUUGUCAAGAUUUGAAGGGAUAAAGGUUGUUGUCAAUGCACUCCUCGGAGCUAUCCCCUCAAUCUUCAACGUUUUGCUCGUCUGCGUUGUCUUUUGGCUCCUAUUUAACAUUCUAGGAGUAAAAUGGCUUGGGAAAAGAUUUUCAAAAUGCAUACUCCAGGAAGGAAAUAUCAGUCUCAUUAAUAACAAAACUGAUUGUUAUUCCUAUGGUGGAAAUUGGACAAAUUAUCCUGUAAACUUUGAUAAUGUUGGGAUGGGAUACUUGGCUCUCCUCCAAGUGGCAACUUUUAAAGGUUGGAUGGAUAUUAUGUAUGCUGCAGUGGAUUCACGUGAGAUCAAUGAACAACCAGAGUUUGAAGCAAGCUUGUACAUGUACACAUACUUUGUGGUUUUCAUUAUUUUUGGAUCUUUCUUCAUGUUGAACCUUUUUAUUGGAGUGGUUAUCAGCAAUUUUAACCAACAAAGGAAAAAGAUAAGUGGAAAAGAUCUAUUUCUGACUGAGGAACAGAAAAAGUACUAUAAUGCCUUAAAAAAGCUUGGAUCCAAGAAACCUCAAAAACCCAUCCCAAGACCAUCGAAUGCAUUCCUGGGAUUGCUGUUUGAUAUCGUAGAGCACAAAGCAUUUGACAUCGUCGUUGUGAUUUUGAUCUGCCUAAACAUGGUUGUUAUGAUGGCAGAAAAUAACCAGGAUGACACCAAGAAAGUUCUUAAUAAAAUUAAUUAUUUUUUUGUGGCUAUAUUUACUGCGGAAUGUGUCAUGAAAAUACUGGCCUUAAGACAGCACUACUUCAAAAGCGGCUGGAACUUAUUUGAUUUUAGUGUUGUGGUCCUUUCAAUAGUCAGUAUUGGAGUUUCUGAGGUUUUCCAAAGAUUCUUCUCUCCUACACUUUUGAGAACCAUUCGCUUGGCACGAAUUGGCCGAAUCCUGAGACUGGUUCGAAGAGCGAGAGGAAUUCGAACCCUUCUGUUUGCAUUACUGAUGUCUCUUCCUGCACUGGUCAACAUUGGCCUUUUGCUUUUCCUGAUUAUGUUCAUUUAUGCCAUUGUGGGCAUGGCAAACUUUGCCUGUCUUCCCUGGAAAAGCGGGAUUGAUGACAUUUUCAACUUCCAAACCUUUUCUGGUAGCAUUCUCUGUCUCUUCCAAAUUACAACAUCAGCUGGCUGGGAUACUCUUCUGGCCCCUUUGUUAAGUGAAUCUGGUACAUGUGCUCCCAACUUAGGUUUAAAAGACAAGGAUAAAAUUAAUUGCACAAACACAGCAUAUGGUAUUUUCUAUUUUGUAAGCUAUGUCAUUAUAUCAUUUCUCAUUGUUGUAAAUAUGUACAUAGCUGUCAUUUUAGAGAACUUCAAUGUUGCCACUGAAGAAAGCACAGAUCCUCUUUGUGAGGAUGACUUUGAUAUGUUUUAUGAAACAUGGGGAAAAUUCGAUCCUCUGGCAACAGAGUUUAUUGACUAUUCUGCCCUUUCAGACUUUGCAGAUGCUCUGGCAGAACCCUUGCGCAUUCCAAAGCCUAAUAACAUCCAGCUCAUAUCCAUGGACCUCCCUCUAGUGAGUGGAGAUAAGAUCCACCACUUGGAUAUCUUGCGUGCUUUCACUAAAAGGGUCUUGGGAGAAUUUGGAGAUUUGGAUAGUCUUGAAUUACACAUGGAAGAAAAAUUUGUGAUUGCCAAUCCAUCUAAAAUUUUUCAGAAGCCAAUUUCUUCCACUCUUAAAAGAAAACAAGAGGAGGUAUCAGCAGUUAUUAUCCAAAGGGCCUUCAGGAGGUAUUUGUUACAGCGUUCUUUCAAAAAUACAUCUUUCUUUCGCCGUCGCAGACAUAACAGUGCUGUCUAUGGAGAAGAAGCACGGGAGAAGCAAAGGCUUAUUGUAUCAAUGUUUAAUGAAAGUAGUGGCAGGAAGAUACAUAAACCACGGUCUGUUUCUUCCACAUCUCUCCCUUGACUUUAUGAUGCUAUUGGACCAUUAUAAGCUGGACACAUAAAGUUUCCCCAGGCUGCAGCAUUUUUGACAUGUAAACCAAAGUCACUUAUUUUCCAAUGGAGGCCAUGUGUGAAUCCCAGAGCAUAAUGCUCUAAAUUUAGAAUAAUGAUGGCAGCCUUCAAGUAUUCUGAUUGUUCAAAUUUGCAGAUUCUCCCCAAAAACAAUUAAGAUCUGAGCAACUAUGUCAUAAAUGUUGGAGGAAAAUCAAACCAUAUAACUUUUUUCUCAGCUACUAGAGUAGGUGGGUUCAUUUUCUCAACUGCCAGUUUUGUCCUAGUUCAUGUGUUUACGGAGAAAAUCUGUAAAAGGUCAGUUGUAAGCACAGAUUUAUAAACACACAAGGCUCUAGAAUAUUUUAUAUCUCUUUAGAGAUAAACAAUAUUUCCAACCAGGCUUUAUUGUGUCAAAAAUAAAUAAUUACUGCACUUCUGUAAAAGAGCUCAUUCAGAACAGUUGAGUAUAGUCA